AUAUAUACAUAUAUUAAAUCAUUUGUAUACCUGAAACUCAUACAAUUAUAUUUGUCAAUUAUACCUCAGUAAAGCCAGGAGGGGAAGAAGCAUUAAGUGCCUACUGUACUAAACACCAGGGAUACAAGUGAUCAUCAAAACAGGCAUGGUCUCUGCCCUCCUGCAGCCUUUUUUUUUUAGUGGAAGUGGCAGACAUUAUGCUAAAACAAAAAAAUAAUUACAAAAAUUUUAAUUGUGCUAGGUUCAACAAAGGAAAAUAUAAGGUGCUCUGACAGAGCAUAACAAAGGAUCCUAGUUUUAAAUGGGGCCUAAGGGAAAACCUCUGUUAGGAAAUAACAUUUAAACUGAGACCUGAAAGAUCUGUAGGAAUUAGCAAAGCGAAGGUGGGAAGGGAAAGGAGCUUUCCUAGGAGAACAGCCUAUGUGAAGGCCCUGGGGCAUAAAAGAGCUUGGCUGAUGACCAUGCUGAAAGCAGCAUUAUGGAAUAUCAAGAGAAGAAGACAUGAGAACUUGGAUACUAUGCAAAGGAUUUGGUAUAUUAUUUCAAGGGCAGUGAGAUGCUACUGAGGAAUUUUGAGCUGGGGGCUCAUGAUCCAAUUAAAAUGUUAAAAUCAUUCUGGCUCUUAUGAAGAACAGAUCCAAGAGGAUUCUGUCGGCUUAUGAAGAGCUCUUAGGAAAACUAUGGGUCUUGUGAAUGGGAAAACUACUUCAGCUUUUAAAGCUAGUUUUGAAAAGACAUAUUGUCAAUUAAGUGACAGUGAAUGGAAACAAUGAUUGACAAAUCAAUUUAUCUCUGAAUAACCCACUAGAUCAGUGCUUCUCAAACUUUAAUAUGCAUUCCAAUCACCCAGGUGUUUUAUUAAAUACAAAUUCUGGUUCAGUAGGUCUGAAGUGGAGCAUUUCUACAUUUCUAACAAAAUCCCAGGUGAUCAUUCCUUGGCUCACACUUUGAAUAGCAAGUAACUGGACUAUAUUCUAAAUUCUAAAUAUAUUCUAUAGGAUAUAUUCUACCUUUUAAUGCCUCUCAGACUUCUUGUGGUCUAGCCAUUUGUCAUACUUGAGUAUUCAAAACUGGAGGUUUUAAGAGAUGAAUUAAAGUAUGGAGGACAUGGAGAAACAGGUCAAAUAGGGCUUUUCAUCUCUUCAAUAAAUAUUCUAUAUAUACUUCCUUCCUAUCUACCUACCUAACCUGUCUGCCUACUUCCCUACCUCCCUGCCUCAAGGUUCAGUUGCACUUCAGAAAGAACUGUAUGCAAUCAAAGUAAUGUUCCGGACAGUUAUACAGAAAUAGUAUGUGAGGCUCUAAAACUUUUCUUCUAAUGGGGUGAUUUGCAUCAUUAAUUGAGGCUUACUCUGUGUGCCAGGCAUUUUACCUGCCUGAUUCAUUUAAUAGAUAGGAACCUAGGAACCCUUAGAGGAUAGUUUCUUGUCCAAGGAUGUACAACUCAGCUCUGACUUACUCACACUGGACCCUCUCAUUCAUUACCUUAAUUAUUGCUAUUUUGUUUGUUUAGUAACUACGCUCUUAAAUACAGAAAACUUAAGGUUCUUUAUUCUGCGGGUAAAGGCUUUGUAUUUCUCUAAAGAAUUUAUGGAGCCUUGUAGCCAUGUCACAAUCGUUUUAUAAAGGUCUCAAGUGGUAAAUAAGCCUGCCCCUUCUUUUGGGGGAGGGGUGCAAUCUUUUAUUAGCAAUACAAUUUUUCUUUGUGGCACAUGAACCCAAGGUCUUGGGAAACACAUUGAUCAAGCAAAGGGAAAGGUUUGAGAUUAUGCCCUAUGAUUGAGAUUAUGCUCGUUGGGGAAAACGGUAGGAAAUUUUACACUGCUCCCUGGUUCUUAGGAAAUGAGAGCUAAACAAUAUCCAGUUUAAAAAGAAAUCUGCAUUGAGUUUCUAAAUUUUAUAAAACAGAGUUAAACCAAACAGAUAGUGGUAGGUCCUGUUUUGCUUUACUGAGGAAGUGACAGAGAAUCCUAGUCUCAUUUGGUAAGAGAGAAAACUGCAGUUAUUAACAUCUCCACGGAAAUGCUCAAUUACUCCUUACUAGUAGACUCCGGCUAAAUCGGUUUUACCCAGUCCUCCGACAAACCAGAUUUGUUGGUGUUUUGCGAGACGGCAUUGUAUCGUUCUCGGUUCGGUUUGAUCCGCCCCCCUUCUUAAAGAGCCAUUAAACCCUUUAAUAGGCCUGGGUUUGGCUUGAAGACUUGCGGAACGGCCAGCUUCCUCGCGCUGCAAUUGGCUUUCCAGGCUGAGUUGGGUUUCCGAUGUACGGAUGCUGCCAAGGCGCGCUGGCCGUAAACUCUGGAAAGACGCCAAAGAAAAGUGAAGUUCCUGGCGCGCGGCCCCUGUCCCGCUCCGAGAGCCGCGCGCUAGCGCAUUCUUCGUGCAGUUAUUGGCUGGGACUCUGCGUGCCGCUGUCGGCCAAUGAAGACGCCGGAGAUCUGGCCCCGGCCCGUCCCCUCUCGGCGCCCCGGGAUGAGGCAGAGACUGAACAGCCGGCGAGCAAAUCAGCGGCACCCAGAAAGCCAUGUCCGACUCGGCGCCCAGCGCUCAAGCGCUAACCCGCUGAAAGUUUCUCAGCGAAAGCGCCGGGACGCUCUGGACCCCGCUAAGAGGAGCUGCCUUUGAGUGAGAUGGUCCCAGAGGCCUGGAGGAGCGGACUGGUAAGCACCGGGAGAGUGGUGGGAGUUCUGCUUCUGCUCGGCGCCUUGCACAAGGCUUCCGCCGUCAUUCGCUAUGAGAUCCUGGAGGAAAGAGAGAAGGGGUUCGCGGUGGGCAACGUGGUCACGGACCUUGGCUUGGAUCUCGGCAGCCUGUCAGCCCGCAGGCUCCGGGUGGUGUCGGGCGCUAGCCGAAGAUUCUUUGAGGUGAACCGGGAGACCGGAGAGAUGUUCGUGAACGACCGCCUGGACCGCGAGGAGCUUUGUGGGACCCUGCCCUCCUGCACCGUAACUCUGGAGUUGUUGGUGGAGACCCCACUUGAACUGUUCAGAGCGGAAGUGGUGAUUCAGGACAUCAACGACAACAAUCCCGCUUUCCCUACCCGGGAAAUGAAAUUGGAGAUUAGCGAGGCCGUGGCGCCGGGCACGCGCUUUCCGCUGGAGAGCGCGCACGAUCCCGACGUGGGAAGCAACUCUUUACAGACCUAUGAGCUGAGCCGAAACGAGUACUUUGCCCUUCGAGUGCAGACGCGGGAGGACAGCACCAAGUACGCGGAGCUGGUGCUGGAGCGCGCCCUGGACCGCGAGCGAGAACCGAGCCUCCAGCUGGUGCUCACGGCGCUGGACGGAGGAACCCCGGCUCGCUCCGCCACCCUUCCCAUCCGCGUCGCCGUGCUGGACGCGAAUGACAACGCGCCCUCCUUCAACCAGUCCUUGUACCGGGCGCGCGUCCCCGAGGAUGCGCCCCCCGGGACUCGCGUGGUGCAAGUGCGUGCCACCGACCUGGACGAAGGCCCCAACGGUGAAAUCAUUUAUUCCUUCGGCAGCCACAAUCGCGCCGGCGUGCGGGAACUAUUCUCCUUAGACCUCGUAACCGGGGUGCUGACAAUUAAGGGUCGCCUGGACUUCGAAGACACGAAACUCCACGAGAUUUACAUACAGGCCAAAGACAAGGGCGCCAAUCCCGAAGGAGCACAUUGCAAAGUUUUGGUCGAGGUUGCGGACGUGAAUGACAAUGCCCCGGAGAUCACCGUCACUUCCGUGUACAGCCCGGUCCCCGAGGACGCCCCCCUGGGAACCGUCAUCGCUUUGCUCAGCGUGACGGAUCUGGACGCUGGGGAGAAUGGGCUGGUGACUUGCGAGGUUCCGCCAGGUCUCCCCUUCAGCCUCACUUCUUCCCUCAAGAACUACUUUACUUUGAAAACCAGCGCGCCCCUGGAUCGGGAGACUGUGCCAGAAUACAACCUCAGCAUCGCUGCCCGAGACGCUGGGGCGCCCUCCCUCUCGGCCCUCACGACGGUGCGGGUGCAAGUGUCCGACAUCAACGACAACCCUCCACAAUCUUCCCAAUCUUCCUACGACGUUUACGUGGAGGAAAAUAACCUCCCCGGGGUUCCCAUACUAAAUCUAAGUGUCUGGGACCCCGACGCCCCGCAGAACGCUCGCCUUUCCUUCUUUCUGUUGGAGCGAGGAGCUGAGGCCGGGCUCGUGGGUCGCUAUUUCACGAUUAAUCGCGACAGUGGCGUCGUGUCAUCCUUAGUGCCCCUGGACUAUGAGGAUCGGCGGGAGUUCGAAUUAACAGCUCACGUCAGCGACGGGGGCACCCCGGUCCUGACCACCAACAUCAGCGUGAACGUAUUUGUCACUGAUCGCAAUGACAACGCCCCCCAGGUCCUGUACCCCCGGCCGGGCCGGAGCUCGGUGGAGAUGCUGCCCCGAGGCACCGCUGCGGGCCACGCGAUCACGCGGGUGGUAGGCUGGGACCCUGAUGCGGGAUACAACGCCUGGCUCUCCUACAGCCUCCUGGGAGCCCCCAACCAGAGCCUUUUUGCGGUGGGGCUUUACUCGGGUCAAGUCAGCACGGCCCGCCCGGUCCAGGACUCAGACUCGCCCAGGCAGACGCUCACGGUCUUGAUCAAAGACAACGGGGAGCCGGCGCUGUCCACCACCGCCACCCUGACUGUGUCAGUCACCGAGGACUCCCCAGAAGCCCGGGCUGAGUUCCCCUCGGGCUCCGCCCCUGGAGAGCAGAAUAAAAGCCUCACCUUUUAUUUACUGCUCGCUCUGAUCCUGGUCUCCGUGGGGUUCGCAGUUACAGUGUUGGGAGUGAUCAUAUUCAAAGUGUACAAGUGGAAACAGUCCAGGGACUUAUACCGAGCCCCGGUGAGCUCCCUGUACCGCACGCCGGGGCCCUCCCUGCACGCGGACGCCGUCCCCCUGGCCAGCCGCCAGAACACGCUGCGGAGCUGCGACCCCGUGUUCUAUAGGCAGGUGCUGGGCGCCGAGAGCUCCCCUCCCGGACAGAUGCUGCGCCUCAUUCCUAGGUGA